AUGACGUGGUCUUUGCAAAAUGAUAUUCAUCCUCGAAGUAGCAUGUGUGGUGAUCAUUGCGCCAAAAACAUUCAUGCUCAACCGACAACAACAAGCUCCUCCAACAAGCCCACCUCAGAAACGAGCUCCAUUGAUUCCUCUGUAUAUUCGUCUCGUUGUCAUUUCUCUCCUUUAUCAACCAUGAACAACCCAUUGGUUGUGCAUUCUGCUAGGUCUUCCAACUCAACUGAUAUGAAGUCAUCUUCUUCUCACUCGUAUACCUAUCGUCAUCAUGAGAUCAAGUCGAAUCUUUGCGUAACAACCUCAUCUCAUCACACAUGUUUCAAAGAGUGUCAUCAAAGUACAACGAGUUCUGAUAUCAAUGCUCUCACAGCAGCGACUGAUACACACCAACGUUCGUCCUCUUUUCCUUUGCCCCAGUCACCUUCUCCGUUCAAGAAAAAGAACAAAAAGGCCUCUCAAAAAACAUCUCCCGCAGAAGAACUGAGUACAUGCUCCCCUUCUUUAUCUUCUCAAUCUCCCAAGUUACACUCAACAAGAGAAACCAACUCUCCUUCCACAGAAAAGAAAUCACUCAAAUUCUUUGAUUAUAACAAACGUAAAAUCAUAAAGAAGGUGAAACGAGUGGAACAAAUCCAACCUUAUGAAAAUAUCAUUCAAUUUCAAACAUGUUCUUUUUUGUAUCAACCUCCCAAUGAUCGUACAAGAACAAGCCAUUGUGGUGUCACCCAUCAAGCGUAUACGAAAGAUAUGAGUAAAGGAACGACAGGGACUCAAAACCAUGAACCAAAACCACAAGCAACAACAACCCCAGUGCAAGAUCUUCAUGGUAUGGGACUCGUGAGUUGCCGGCACGAAAUUCAACUGCAAGAGCAACAACAAGCGGAUAGACCACAACUAGAGCACUGCUCUCCUUAUAUGUCCAAUGAAGUGAAGACUGUAGUUGCCAAAGCAAGAACACCUCGAUAUUCAAUAUCCAUAAAGGAACUGCUUAAUUAA